CUGCCAAUCUAUCCACCAGUACAGAGUACAUCGCUACAUCUCUCUUUGUCAGCUCCUCGCGCCCAGCCAAUCUCGCGAACCGCAAACGUCAUUAAUAAUACGCAGCUCUGCUGAAAAGUGCGGUAGAGCCCAGUCCAGUAAAACCCCUCUAACGGCGCUACCUUAAUUUAAGUAAAAAGAAUAUUGCCAGAAUGGCUUCCGCGACUGGAAUUCCCCAACACCCCCCGAUUAAUAAUCCGGACGACGGCGGUGAACUCGAAGGCGAUCUAGAGCCUCUUUUGGGUCGGCCGGGAGAUGUUUCUCAAAGAGACAAUGCCCCCAUAGUCAAAAACCUCAUCCUUGGCACAGGCAUAAUCGCCGAAGCCGCCAGCAUCCUUCUCGUCGCCUCGGUCUGGGCCGCCGUCUUCCUCAACGGGCCUCUGAUCCUAUUCUCCGUGCACCCGCUCGCGCAAUCAGCCGGGCUCCUCGUGCUCGUCCAAUCCAUCCUCGUCAUCCAACCCACACACACCGGCGCGCAGAAGGAAGUCGGCGCCAAGAUCCACGCCGGCCUCAACGUCCUCGGCUUCCUGAUCUUCGCCGUGGGUAUCCUCAGCAUCGAGUACAACAAGAUCGCCAACAACGGCGCACACUUCCACUCCGCGCACGGCUACCUCGGCGUCAUCGCCUCCUUCUGGCUGCUGGCCCAGUACGCGAUCGGGUUCACCAUGUUCGCGACCCCGGCCCUGUACGGCGGCGAGGCCGCCGCGAAGAAGAUCUGGAAGUACCACCGCUCGAGCGGCUACGCGCUCUUGCUAUUCCUCUCCGCGACUGUGAUUAGCGCUACGCAGACAGACUAUAAUCUGAAUGUUCUCAAUAUCAAGUUGUGGGCUACCAUCGUCAUCUUCGUCCUCCUCGUCAUCGGCGUCUUCCCGCGGAUCAAGAAGCACAAGCUCGGCUUGUGAAGGGAUACGUGUCUACACCCCUCUUUGUAGGAAUAGUAUAACAACGCAGCUUGGUGGGACGAGCAUGUCUCCAGCUCGUGAAUAAGGGAAUGCAUGGCGAGGAAGGGAUCACAUCUCUACAGUCCCAGGGUAAAAUCGGGCAAAAAUUCGGUUCUUAGCUACGGCGUUAGCUUGCUAGGUAUUAGGUGCGGUUUGUAUUGGGGCAUUCGUUUCGAUGGAGUUUUUGUAAAAUCAGAAGUAUGGGUACCUAGGCACUCAGGUAAUACCUUUCUAGCUCGGCAUCUAAAAUGGCUUGGAUUAACAAUGCAGCAUGC